UAUAACCUAUAGGCACUGGUAACAGGUUGGCCACUUCCCCUGGUUUCAUCACAGCCCUGGUCAUGGCUAGAAGGGAUACAGCUUCUGUCAAAUUAACGUCAAAAGUAUACAUUUUGGCUAACACAGACUCUUUUCCAAAACUAAACCCAAUUCUCCUAACCUGCUACGAAAAGUCUUCAUCUGACAAAAGCUGUGUCCAUCUAGUGAAAAACCCUCGGCUCCCCUCCCACUUUUGUUGGUCGGCGAGGAAGUCGCAAGAUGGCUGACAUCGCUUGGAAGUAUGCUCCCUUCAUCAACAUGAAGUCGUGAGUUUGGAAGUAAGCGAGGGAGGCACUAUCAGGCGUUUGUUUUUAUUUCAGUUAUUUUAUUUCUCCAACCAGGCCAUUUCAUUCCGCGUCGUGUCUAUCCCAGAGUUGUUUUUGCGAGUUGACCCGCCGUCAGCCACGCCGGGUCCCAUCUAGCUAAAUUAGCUACAGCAGUUAACGUUAGCUUAAAGCUUACUGUAAGUUAGACGGCUAACGUUAGCAAAAUAUGAAUUAGAUAUCACAUUACCUAGCAUUUGCAAUUUGAACUAGUCCUAACAAAUAGUUGAGCUGUCAGGUUAAGAAUUUCGCGGUAGUCAUGUUCGCUACCUAGAUAAUUCGCAGGGUUUCUUCGUGGGAAUCAGGAUUAUAACUUUGGAGUUGGAAGCAUCGCCCAAAUCAUAACAUAACUAUAGAUGGCCAGUCAGCUCCCAAUAACAUUUAAGGUGUUCGUUAGCUAGUUAGGAGUAGUUAACGAGCUAAACUUUAGUUGCUUUGCUGGUAGUUUAACGUUACCACUAUACUGCUAGGGAUGGACACACAAGACCAAAUGUAGAAGAUUGGCUUGGCACAUUAACGUUACAGCUAGCUAGCUACGUAAGUCAAGUUGCUAACCAACUUGGCUGCUGAAAGAUUUGCUACCUUGCUAGCGAACUAGCUGCUGGAAAGUGAACAUCCUGACCUGGCCAACUGGCUUCCUAGGCUUUGCAAGGUUGGUCACUCGUGUCAGAGUUGGGGGGGGGUGGCAACUAGCUAGCGGCAACAACAGUCGUGUAGUCAGUUACACUGUCAGAGAGACAAGUUAGAUAGCCACCUGGUUCUAGCUAGCUACGGUCUCGACACUCACAUCCGCUAUCACCACGGCGUUCCGAACGUACCCCGGCCAGACCCACCGGCUCAACAACACCGGGAUGGGCGUGCAGGGCUUCCAGGAGUAUCUGGAGAAACGGUGUCCCGGGGCUGCCAUCCCCGUGGACCUCCUCAAACUAGGCCGUACUGCGGGGCGCCAGCACCCCCACCAUUACCCCGGCCCUCUGCCCCCUCCACCACCGGCCCGGAUACUCAUCGAUGCUGACUCCGGCCUGCAGCGUCUGUACGGCGGCUACCAGACUGACUGGGUGUGCGGCGGGGAGUGGAACGCCAUGCUGGGAUACCUGGCCGCUCUGUCCCAGGCUUGUAUGUAUCAGGGUGGGCUGGAGCUGGUCAUGGUGUUCAACGGAACCCUGGGGAAGGAGCGGUGGCCGGAGUGGGCGCGCCGGGCCCAGGGGCAACGCCAGACGGCCCAGCUCAUCGUUAACCACGUCGGCAGUAAGGCCACCCCGCCUCCCCGCGCCUGGUUCCUGCCCCCUGCCUGCCUCAGUCACUGUGUCCGCCUCGCCAUGUUCCGCUUCAGAGUGCGGGUUGUUCAGACGUUGGAGGACCACCACCAGGAGGUGCUGUCCCUCUACAGGGACUUUGGUUUCUGCGGCCUGAUCGCCCAGGACUCAGAGUUUGCUCUCUGCAACGUGCCCGCCUACUUCUCAUCGCAUGCCCUCAAACUGUCCUGGAACGGAAAGAACCUGACCACCCACCAGUACCUGCUCUCUGAAGCUGCCAGACAGCUGGGUCUGAAGACACAACACCUGCCCUGCUUCGCUGCACUGCUGGGGAACCAUAUUCUCCCUGAUGAGGACCUGGCUGCCUUCCACUGGAGCCUUUUAGGACCACAACACCCCCUGGCCUCACUCAAGGUGCGUGCCCACCAGUUGGUGCUGCCUCCCUGUGAGGUGGUUAUCAAGGCGGUGUCAGAGUACGUCUCCUCCAUUAAAGACCUGGGGAACCUCGACGCUGUCGCCAGGGACGUCUUCAAACAAUCACAGUCUCGUAUGGAGGAUAAGGUGGAGCGUUUUAAGAAGGCUGUGGAGUAUUUCUCAUCUGCCUCUAAACCCCGCCCACUCUCCAUGGGACCCUCCCCCUACCUUUGGUUUGGUCCGGCUCCUUUUGGCAGUCUUCCUGGCCACAUGGGGGCAAUGCAGCCUGGAACGAACCAGGGGGUAAAAUCACCCUAUCGGAAUGCUCCGUGUGGACCAGGCCACGCCUCUCUGUUCCAGAACCUUCCCCCCCUGCCGGACUGCAACGAUUCGCUGUCUGGGACAAUGGGCUACACGGAUUGGUCGGCUCCAUAUGACCAUGGAGGAAGUAGAUUAACGAAUCACCACACGUCCGCUCCCUCUGGCCCCUCCCACUCGCCAUCAUCUUCCUCCGAUGGAGACGAACCAAACGACAACAGCCACCAUCUGACAGACAAGUCCUCCGGGUGGGACGAUCCGUCCGGUCGGGGGGGUGGCGGGGAUGGUCCCCACGGUAACGGGAGCGGGUCCCACGGUAACGGGAGCAGGUCCAACAUUCCAUCGCUGUUGUCAAUGGCGACGCGGAGUCACAUGGACAUAACCACGCCCCCUCUGCCUCAAGUCAGCGCUGAGGUGUUGAGAGUAGCAGAACACAGACACCGCAGAGGACUGAUGUAUCCACAGAUAUACCACAUACUGACCAAGGGAGAGAUGAAGAUGGCGGUGUGUAUAGAAGAUGAUUGUAACAGUGAACUGCCUCCAGCCUCUCUGCUGUUCAGAGCAGCCAGACAGUACAGCUAUGGGGUCCUCUUCAGCCUAGCCGAAACACACCGACACCUCGAGAGACUCGCCAUGCGCAACAGAGGACCCCUCGAAGUUCCUCCAGUGAUAGUGAAGGAGUGGUCCAGUGGGAAGUCGAAGUCGGCCCUGACCCCGGAGCUGGUUCCAGCGCUGUGCUUCAGAGAGUGGACCUGUCCUAACCUGCGGAGGCUGUGGCUUGGUAGAGCCAGUGAAGAUCGCUCCCGACGGACCAGAGCUUUCCUAGCCUGUCUCCGCUCUGACUGUCCUGCCCUACUCAACCCUGCUCAGGUCCCACAACACCUUCUGCUCAUGUGCUGCGUGCUCAGGUAUAUGAUGCAGUGGCCAGGUGGUGGUAUUCUACAGAGACAUGAGUUAGAUGCCUUCCUGGCCCAGGCAGUCUCUAACCAGCUCUACGAACCAGACCAACUACAGGAACUCAAGGUGGAGAAGGUAGACUGUCGGGGGGUCCAGCUGGCGUCUCUCUUCAUGGCGGGCGUGGACACUGCUCUGUUGGUCAAUGACGUGUGUGGUCAGCCAUUACCAUGGGAACACUGCUGCCCCUGGGGCUUCUUCGACGGGAAACUGUUCCAGACCAAACUGGCCCGCGCCGCCCGAGACCGACUGGCCCUGUUCGACAUGUGUGAAGGACAGGAGGAUCUGGUGUCUCGUGUGGAGAAGAUGCGUCAGGCCAUUCUAGAUGGCAUCACCUUUACUCGUCCUCCUCCCCCUCUCCCGCCUCUUUCCUUCCUCCCCCCUCCCCCCUUCUACCCCCCACCCCCCCACUACCCCCCCCGGCCCAUGGGUAACAUGCCCCUCCACCACCCUCAUCAUCCUCACCACCACCCAGCCCAGCAUAGACCCAGAGGCUUCCCAGGUCUGCAGUCGAUCCCCCCCCAGGGAGGGAAGUUGGAGAUAGCCGGCAUGGUGGUGGGCCAGUGGGCCGGGAACAAACCACUGCGUGGCAGAGGGGGGUUCAACAUGCAGGUGGUGUCGGUCGGAGAAGGGAGCGGAAGGGGUAAGGACAUCCCAGUGAAAGCAGGACGAGGAGUUAAAAAGACACAUUCCCCCUCCUCCACCAGCCCCACCAAGCCUGAGGAGGAGGAGCCUAACUCGGGGGCCGUGACCCAGCAGCUGAAUGGCAGCCCUGCAGCCUCCGCUAUUGGCCAGCCUCUGGAUCUGCCCCCACUGGCCCAUCCAAUCCCGUGUGCCUUAGCAAGCAGAGACAACCAAACAGAGGAGGCCCCCUGUUGCCUUGACGACUGUCCGUCAGAUGGAACGCUAACGAAGGAGGCGUGACGAGGCUUUCCCAGAAUGCACCAGGGUGUUCUGACAAAGCUGUCUGUGUUUCACUGCCGUCUGCCCUGCCCCUUGAUUUUGUCACGUGGUUUUAUUUUAUCUUAACGAUCAGAGGUUUUUCUCCAUGAGUCCGUAUGUAUGUUCGCCCCUGCCUCCCUAAAGCCCCGCCCCCAUGGCCCGUCACUAUAGUAACCCCAGCCCACUGUCUCUGAUGGUCCCUCCCUAGUGUUAAUAUUCAUACCUGGAUCCUUACGGUUAGACUUGAACUACGGUGUUUAGUAGUAGUGUGUUUAGAUACACUAACGUCGACACUAACGUCGACACUACCACACACAGUUGGCUAGGUGCCUGGGUUUGGUUGCCAUGGUUAGUGUGUAAAGGUUUGGUUGCCGGGUGUGUCGGUUGUUGCCAUAGGGACCUCAUGGUGAGCUCAGAGUUCUAGGAGUGUUGCACUCUCGACGUGUCAGAGGAGGAAUAGCGAAAGAAGAGGUUGAAGAACGAAUGAGUGCAGUGUUUGUGUGCUAAAUAAGCGCGGUUUACCACCAAUAAUGAUUUAUUAGUGUUAGCCGCGCCACUAACCACCCAGGGCGCGGGUUUGCAUUGCUCUGACCCUUCAGUAGCAUUAGCAUGCUAACGUAGCCCACACCUUGAAUAACAUUAGCACUUGCCCUAAUAUGUUAGCGUGCUAAGUUAGCCUAGCUCAGCCGUAUUUAGAACCCCUGACCACAGAUGUAAUGUAUGUACGCACCUUAACCUGACGCUCCAACGUAUGGAAGCUCUUACCCCUAUAUUAGAUUAUAUUCCCUAUGCUCUGAUUGUAUAUCCCAGCGGGGAGCACUUACUAAUGUAGGAUUCAUUGAUUUAAUAUUGAUUAUUGAUGACCAGACCCCCGACAGUUUGUCUGAGAGAGUUCCCUUGCGACCUAGGAAAUCACUUUGAUCAUUGACCUCAAGGUCUAUUUUAACAUGGCCUUUGUGUUAUGUAAACGAGACCUGUUUGAAUGUGAUCAGAGUAGGGCUGCACAAUUCAUCCAAAUCACAAUAUUGACAUGUGCAAUAUCCAUAUCGCAAUAUUUUGCAACCCCACUCAGCCGCGUGUACGGUCCGUUAUUAUCGUUGACUCUGUCGUCCCUCUCCUGUUGCGGGCUGCUUCCCACAACGAAGCCCCGCCCCCUGUCACUCAAGCAGCACAGUUCCUGUUCUGUUAGAUUCACUAGAAGUUUGCAUCCUGAUCUGUUGGAUCAAAUUCAGUCAACACAUUGUUCCAAACAAGAAUGAUGCUGCUUUCCACUUUGCUUCUUAAUAUAAAUCAUUAUAUUUAUCUGAUUCCAACUGUGUUUUGAUCGAUCACAAGUCAAAUUGUAAUAUUUGUUAAAUAAAUAAUGUGCCAAUAUGAUGCAGCUCUGGAACGGAGUGAUCUUUAGAGGAAGCCGUUUUAAAAUCCUCUAGCAGGUCAAAACAUUCAGGCGAUCAGAGAUAAAGGACAUCUUUGUAUCUGGGCCGUUAUUGCAUCUAUGACAGUACGGGUAGCGCUAUUGAGGCUAGCUCCAUUUUAAAGUAGUCCAUUUUCUUCACAGUUAGCUAAUCGCUCCCAGUUUGACAUGACUUCAACAGGGUCACCAGGAGGGAUCAGCCAAUGAAGUUGGGAUGCCCACCCAGUUGACUACAUUAAAAUGGUGGAAGCCCUCAAUGGUGCUGCCCAGGCUAAUACGGCCUGUUGGCUACUAGAGGCCUCUAUCAUUCUCUAUGGGCCAAGUAUGGUGCCAUGUCAGGGAACGGCAGGGUCAGAGUGAUGUAGCUGCCAAGCUCCUCUUCUGACUGGCACCUUGUCUAAAUGAACCCAAGGCUGCAUCUCAGAUGGCAUCCCCUGCGUAGUACACUACUUAUUCUGUUCAUCAGAAGCAGUGCAUAUUGGGGGUUAGGUUGCCUUUAGAGACGAGACCUGAUGAAGUCCCAAAGCAUAGACCCACACCAGCCUUGUCAGCUGGCUGGCCAAUCAGGACAGGACUGGUAGCACCGCCUCCCCAACCCCGCCUGGUGAUUGGUUAGCAGUUUCCACGGUGAUAGCCCAGCAUUCUAAGCUCUUUAUCUAACAGGAAGCACUUCCCCCAAACCACUUAGCCAAUCAGCAGGGGAUUUGAGGUGAGAACACUUGAAUGUUCUGCUCACAAUCUAAAGAUCCUAAAUAGUUUUACUGUUUAAACUCUUUAUGUUGUCAUCAUUAUAGUAGAGGAUAAAGUAUCCCUUUAAUAGGUCUGCUCUGAGACCAAUCAGAGUAUUGACUUGUUUUAAUGUCAGUAGUAGACUACAGGGAGAUAGCAGAGAGGAAUCAGUUUUAAUGUUAGUAGUAGACUACAGGGAGAUAGCAGAGAGGAAUCAGUUUUAAUGUUAGUAGACUACAGAGAGAUAGCAGAGAGGAAUCAGUUUUAAUGUUAGUAGUAGACUACAGAGAGAUAGCAGAGAGGAAUCAGUUUUAAUGUUAGUAGACUACAGAGAGAUAGCAGAGAGGAAUCAGUUUUAAUGUCAGUAGUAGACUACAGAGAGAUAGCAGAGAGGAUUCCGUUUUAAUGUUAGUAGACUACAGAGAGAUAGCAGAGAGGAAUCAGUUUUAAUGUUAGUAGUAGACUACAGAGAGAUAGCAGAGAGGAAUCCGUUUUAAUGUUAGUAGUAGACUACAGGGAGAUAGCAGAGAGGAAUCCGUUUUAAUGUUAGUAGACUACAGAGAGAUAGCAGAGAGGAAUCAGUUUUAAUGUUAGUAGUAGACUACAGGGAGAUAGCAGAGAGGAAUCCGUUUUAAUGUUAGUAGUAGACUACAGAGAGAUAGCAGAGAGUAAUCCGUUUUAAUGUCAGUAGACUACAGAGAGAUAGCAGAGAGGAAUCAGUUUUAAUGUCAGUAGUAGACUACAGGGAGAUAGCAGAGAGGAAUCCGUUUUAAUGUUAGUAGACUACAGAGAGAUAGCAGAGAGGAAUCCGUUUUAAUGUUAGUAGUAGACUACAGGGAGAUAGCAGAGAGGAAUCCGUUUUAAUGUUAGUAGUAGACUACAGAGAGAUAGCAGAGAGGAAUCCGUUUUAAUGUCAGUAGACUACAGAGAGAUAGCAGAGAGGAAUCAGUUUUAAUGUUAGUAGUAGACUACAGAGAGAUAGCAGAGAGGAAUCCGUUUUAAUGUUAGUAGUAGACUACAGAGAGAUAGCAGAGAGGAAUCCGUUUUAAUGUUAGUAGACUACAGAGAGAUAGCAGAGAGGAAUCAGUUUUAAUGUCAGUAGUAGACUACAGAGAGAUAGCAGAGAGGAAUCCGUUUUAAUGUUAGUAGUAGACUACAGAGAGAUAGCAGAGAGGAAUCCGUUUUAAUGUCAGUAGUAGACUACAGGGAGAUAGCAGAGAGGAAUCCGUUUUAAUGUUAGUAGUAGACUACAGGGAGAUAGCAGAGAGGAAUCCGUUUUAAUGUCAGUAGACUACAGAGAGAUAGCAGAGAGGAAUCCGUUUUAAUGUUAGUAGUAGACUACAGGGAGAUAGCAGAGAGGAAUCCGUUUUAAUGUUAGUAGACUACAGGGAGAUAGCAGAGAGGAAUCAGUUUUAAUGUUAGUAGUAGACUACAGAGAGAUAGCAGAGAGGAAUCUGUUUUAAUGUUAGUAGUAGACUACAGAGAGAUAGCAGAGAGGAAUCCUUUUUAAUGUUAGUAGACUACAGGGAGAUAGCAGAGAGGAAUCCUUUUUAAUGUUAGUAGACUACAGAGAGAUAGCAGAGAGGAAUCCUUUUUAAUGUUAGUAAACUACAGAGCGCAGUAGGGUGGAUAUGUCUGCCUGAGAAGAGAGCAGUACUACUGUACGAUCUGUCUGUUGGCCAUCUAUAGAAAUAUCUCAACCAAUGUCUGUCUGAGCAAGGAUAUUCCCUACAUACUGUUGGUUAGGGCCUAAAGAGCAUCCUAUUCCCUACAUACUGUUGGUUAGGGCCUAAAGAGCAUCCUAUUCCCUACAUACUUUUGGACAGGGCCUAAAGAGCAUCCUAUUCCCUACAUAAUGUUGGACAGGGCCUAAAGAGCAUCCUAUUCCCUACAUACUGUUGGACAGGGCCUAAAGAGCAUCCUAUUCCCUACAUAAUGUUGGACAGGGCCUAAAGAGCAUCCUAUUCCCUACAUACUGUUGGUUAGUGCCAAAAGAGCAUCCUAUUCCCUACAUACUUUUGGACAGGGCCUAAAGAGCAUCCUAUUCCCUACAUACUUUUGGACAGGGCCUAAAGAGCAUCCUAUUCCCUACAUAAUGUUGGACAGGGCCUAAAGAGCAUCCUAUUCCCUACAUACUGUUGGACAGGGCCUAAAGAGCAUCCUAUUCCCUACAUACUGUUGGACAGGGCCUAAAGAGCAUCCUAUUCCCUACAUACUGUUGGACAGGGCCUAAAGAGCAUCCUAUUCCCUACAUACUGUUGGACAGGGCCUAAAGAGCAUCCUAUUCCCUACAUACUGUUGGUUAGGGCCUAAAGAACAUCCACUCCACUCCACUGAGACAAAACAUACAGGCCUUUUAACUUGUCAACAACAUGAAUGCCAGGGUUUGAUUGAUGGUUGAUUAUUGGUUAUUCAUAGGACUCUACCUCUACAGGACUGUAGGACAACAUUAACACUAUUGGACUGAGUUCUACAGGACUGUAGGACAACAGUAACAGUAUUGGACUGAGUUCUACAGGACUGUAGGACAACAGUACCACUAUUGGACUGAGUUCUACAGGACUGUAGGACAACAGUACCACUAUUGGACUGAGUUCUACAGGACUGUAGGACAACAGUAACAGUAUUGGACUGAGUUCUGUAGGACAACAUUAACACUAUUGGACUGAGUUCUACAGGACUGUAGGACAACAGUACCACUAUUGGACUGAGUUCUACAGGACUGUAGGACAACAGUAACAGUAUUGGACUGAGUUCUACAGGACUGUAGGACAACAGUACCACUAUUGGACUGAGUUCUACAGGACUGUAGGACAACAGUACCACUAUUGGACUGAGUUCUACAGGACUGUAGGACAACAGUAACAGUAUUGGACUGAGUUCUACAGGACUGUAGUUGACACAAACAGAAAGGGUGACAGUCUGUCUGCUAAGUAGUCCAAUUACAGCCCAAACUACCGUAGUAGCAUUUACAUAGCCCCCACAGAACAAGCGUAACAUCUGGGACAGCACUUCAACAUGCGUUUGGAUUUCUGCAGCUCAUGACUGUGUUGUGGGACUGUUUUCAAGCAAAUAGAGAGUAUUGAGAUUAAUUCCACAUCAAGUAUUUGGAACAACACUCUUUUAGGGCUAUCUAGCAGACAGAGUUGAACCUAGACUGGAUGGAGAAGAGCCCCAACUGCUCAUAUAAUACCCAGCAUGACUAGACGACUCAUACAUAUACAGUAUAAUACCUUUCACAUGUCAUUACUGUAGUACAAUAAAACGGACUACUGCAGGUCAUGAGUAUCGCUCUUCAGCCAGGAGGAGUGGUGGGCCUAUUUAUGUCACUCCGCUAUCUGACAAAAUUACACACAAGCCUGUCGACUCGUUCCUAACGAUAGUUACUCAUAUAUACACACAAAGUUGUUACCAGCCACCCUCUGUGUGUUUGUGCUAAAGGGAUGUUUCUGUUCCUCGUCAGUUACUGUCUGUGGGUGAAACAGAGAGACUUGGUAACUCUCGUCAGUUACUGUCUGUGGUUAAAGCAGAGAGACUUGGUAACUCGUCAGUUACUGUCUGUGGUUAAAGCAGAGAGACUUGGUAACUCUCGUCAGUUACUGUCUGUGGAUGAAACAGAGAGACUUGGUAACUCUCGUCAGUUACUGUCUGUGGAUAAAGCAGAGAGACUUGGUAACUCUCGUCAGUUACUGUCUGUGGUUAAAGCAGAGAGACUUGGUAACUCGUCAGUUACUGUCUGUGGUUAAAGCAGAGAGACUUGGUAACUCUCGUCAGUUACUGUCUGUGGUUAAAGCAGAGAGACUUGGUAACUCUCGUCAGUUACUGUCUGUGGGUAAAGCAGAGAGACUUGGUAACUCUCGUCAGUUACUGUCUGUGGGUAAAGCAGAGAGACUUGGUAACUCUCGUCAGUUACUGUCUGUGGUUAAAGCAGAGAGACUUGGUAACUCUCGUCAGUUACUGUCUGUGGGUGAAGCAGAGAGACUUGGUAACUCUCGUCAGUUACUGUCUGUGGUUAAAGCAGAGAGACUUGGUAACUCGUCAGUUACUGUCUGUGGUUAAAGCAGAGAGACUUGGUAACUCUCGUCAGUUACUGUCUGUGGUUAAAGCAGAGAGACUUGGUAACUCGUCAGUUACUGUCUGUGGUUAAAGCAGAGAGACUUGGUAACUCUCGUCAGUUACUGUCUGUGGUUAAAGCAGAGAGACUUGGUAACUCGUCAGUUACUGUCUGUGGUUAAAGCAGAGAGACUUGGUAACUCUCGUCAGUUACUGUCUGUGGUUAAAGCAGAGAGACUUGGUAACUCGUCAGUUACUGUCUGUGGUUAAAGCAGAGAGACUUGGUAACUCGUCAGUUACUGUCUGUGGUUAAAGCAGAGAGACUUGGUAACUCGUCAGUUACUGUCUGUGGGUAAAGCAGAGAGACUUGGUAACUCUCUACUGUUGUACCGAGCUGCAGUCUGACACAGCCCUCUCCACAUUGUCAUACCCUGAGUUAGACACUAGCUUGAUAAAGUAAACAACAUGAUGUCCCAUCGUUAUCCAUGUCUGAUUUAGUUUGAUUAGAAUUUAUUGAUCAGUGAUUUUAAUGCUUAUCUUAAUAUCCCUCUGUACACCAUGCCCUCUUCUCUUCAACCCAUCUCUCUCUCUCUCCUCCCGUCUCUCUCUCUCUCCUCCCGUCUCUCUCUCCUCCCGUCUCUCUCUCCUCCCGUCUCUCUCUCCUCCCGUCUCUCUCUCUCCUCCCGUCUCUCUCUAUCCACCCAUCUCUCUCUCUAUCCACCGAUCUCUCUCUCUAUCCACCCAUCUCUCUCUCUAUCCACCCAUCUCUCUCUCUCUAUCCACCCAUCUCUCUCUCUAUCCACCCAUCUCUCUCUCUAUCCACCCAUCUCUCUCUCUAUCCACCCAUCUCUCUCUCUCUCCUCCCUCUCCCCCCCAUUUGGUAGUUCUGCUUAAAGCAGCACGUGAGGUAAACACACUGAUACACACUUUCACCUACAAACACAAUCGAAGAAUACCCUACACACCCAGUACAUAUCUCCAACCACAGUAUCAAUAUACCCAGUACAUAUCUCCAACCACAGUAUCAAUAUACACAUUAAAUAUCUCCAACCACAGUAUCAAUAUACACAUUAAAUACCUCCAACCACAGUAUCAAUAUACACAUUAAAUACCUCCAACCACAGUAUCAAUAUACACAUUAAAUAUCUCCAACCACAGUAUCAAUAUACACAUUAAAUACCUCCAACCACAGUAUCAAUAUACACAUUAAAUACCUCCAACCACAGUAUCAAUAUACCAGUACAUAUCUCCAACCACAGUAUCAAUAUACCAGUACAUAUCUCCAACCACAGUAUCAAUAUACACAUUAAAUAUCUCCAAUCACAGUAUCAAUAUACACAUUAAAUACCUCCAACCACAGUAUCAAUAUACACAUUAAAUAUCUCCAACCACAGUAUCAAUAUACCCAUUAAAUACCUCCAACCACAGUAUCAAUAUACACAUUAAAUACCUCCAACCACAGUAUCAAUAUACACAUUAAAUACCUCCAACCACAGUAUCAAUAUACCAGUACAUAUCUCCAACCACAGUAUCAAUAUACCAGUACAUAUCUCCAACCACAGUAUCAAUAUACACAUUAAAUAUCUCCAACCACAGUAUCAAUAUACCAGUACAUAUCUCCAACCACAGUAUCAAUAUACACAUUAAAUAUCUCCAACCACAGUAUCAAUAUACACAUUAAAUAUCUCCAACCACAGUAUCAAUAUACCAGUACAUAUCUCCAACCACAGUAUCAAUAUACCCAGUACAUAUCUCCAACCACAGUAUCAAUAUACCAGUACAUAUCUCCAACCACAGUAUCAAUAUACCCAUUAAAUACCUCCAACCACAGUAUCAAUAUACCAGUACAUAUCUCCAACCACAGUAUCAAUAUACCCAGUACAUAUCUCCAACCACAGUAUCAAUAUACCAGUACAUAUCUCCAACCACAGUAUCAAUAUACACAUUAAAUAUCUCCAACCACAGUAUCAAUAUACCCAUUAAAUAUCUCCAACCACAGUAUCAAUAUACCAGUACAUAUCUCCAACCACAGUAUCAAUAUACCAGUACAUAUCUCCAACCACAGUAUCAAUAUACACAUUAAAUAUCUCCAACCACAGUAUCAAUAUACACAUUAAAUACCUCCAACCACAGUAUCAAUAUACCCAGUACAUAUCUCCAACCACAGUAUCAAUAUACACAUUAAAUAUCUCCAACCACAGUAUCAAUAUACACAUUAAAUAUCUCCAACCACAGUAUCAAUAUACACAUUAAAUAUCUCCAACCACAGUAUCAAUAUACACAUUAAAUACCUCCAACCACAGUAUCAAUAUACACAUUAAAUACCUCCAACCACAGUAUCAAUAUACACAUUAAAUACCUCCAACCACAGUAUCAAUAUACACAUUAAAUACCUCCAACCACAGUAUCAAUAUACACAUUAAAUACCUCCAACCACAGUAUCAAUAUACCAGUACAUAUCUCCAACCACAGUAUCAAUAUACCAGUACAUAUCUCUUGCUCACGUCUCUGUGCUCGCUGUUCCCUCUAGGACCGUUUCUAUUGGCUGUUUUCUGACCCCGCCCCUAACCACCCCCACUAAUAUUCUAUGUUGUGAUGAACUUUUCUUAGUGAUUAUCAGUUUCUCUGUAAACUAGCCAGAAUCUGGAAGGAAAAGAGUCAUCAACAAAAAGAAAUCAAACUGUUUUAUUCAAUUGUACUUUAAACUGUGUUGCUUCUUACUCUUUUGAAUGUCUCUUCUAAUCCUUCUAUCAAAGCAGCCGUUAGUUUUGAGAGGCUUUGGCUAACCAUAGAGAUGUAAACUGAAACCAUUUAAUAUAUGAUCCUUCUCCAUAUUUGAUAUUAUGCCAUCGAUCGUCGUAAAAACCACUUCGCAGUUGUUACUAUGUCAGUUAAGUAUCGCCCGUCAAAACAUUUUAAAACCCUCAUCUCUGCACUACGUUCGUAUACUCUGUUUCUCGUUCUUUAUAAAGAGCUAAUGGUCAACUCGUCACGUGAAGAUGAACGUUGAACGGGGUUAGAAGUCUCACAUUACCACCCCCCCGUUUCCCUGCCAUGAUGGUAUGCCCCAAACCAAUGACCUAUCAAGAGAUUCUAUGAUGACGUGACAACACGUGUGAUUGGUUUACCCCUAUAGAGUGGAGUUUUGUGAUGUGUAGAGCAGAACUGAAUAGUGUAGGACAGUUCUGUGUCCGUACAUGGAUGAGUAGCUACGCUGACUGAGUGGUCCAGACAAGAUGAGCCUGCAGGGAAAAGAGACAAUGAGACGUUCCAAAUGGCACCCUGUUCCCUAUAAUAGUGCACUACUUUAAACGUUGUGGUGCAGGAAGGUUUAAUUCCUGAGACCCUGAGGUCCUUGUCACCAGCUCUAGAACGGGAAUGGGACGCCAUUUGGGACGCUGCCAGGGAGACGGCGAGUCAAUUCAGGUCACAUGAUUAUUUUAUGACAUCAUCCAGGUAUCUAAAUCUCUGUCCUAGUAGCAUGUACUACAUCACCUUCUGAACCAACUAACAUGUAUACUACAGUACAUCAUGUAUACUACAGUACAUCAUGUAUACUACAGUACAUCAUGUAUACUACAGUACAUCAUGUACUGUAAACUAGCAGUAAUGUGUGUACUACAUGUACUGUAAGCCACGCCCCCCUAAACAUCAACAUCCGUAAAGGAUUCAUCUUCUUCGUUGUUAUGAUUAUUAUCGCUAUAAUUUGUGUUAGCUAAAUGGAAGCAGCAGAAUGUUGUUGUGGAGAGAGCUUUUAUAUUCUUAUGGCUGUGGAGGAAGUGAUGUCAGAGGACAGGAAGGAAGGAGAGGCGUGAUGAUGUAAAGAUGGUCAUGUUUGUUGGGAAACGACAUCCAGUGCUGAAAUAAAAUCUAUUCUUUUAGGAAAUAAAUGAA